CUGUAUCCCCACUUCUAUAAUGGGUUGGUACGUAAUUUCCUAUAAAUAAAAUAAAAAGAAAUUCCCAAUUGGAUUUAGUCUAAAGAGUGAAUAAUGAUAAAAAUAAAAAGGAGAGCGACAUGAGAGGGCAGCCAAGGAGAAACAAAAGGAGAGGGGUUGACUUUCUCCACGUGGGAGAUGUGGACAACCGUCAUCUCUUUCUCCUUGUCCUAUUCUUUCUCACUGUUUUUCCUCCUCCGUACGUCCUUUUUUAGAACCCCAAACCCAACCAUUUCCUAUGUUCUUUUGUCUCAGAUUUUUCAUGCUCCUUUUUUCUCUCAGCUUACAGUCUUGUGGUGGUGUUUAGAUAAUAAAGUUGUUAGAAAAUGAUGUACGAAGAGCAGCAGCAAGUGAUGAUGAGAAUGGUGGAAUUGAACAACAACAAUCAGAAGGGAGAUGAGAGAAGUGGGAGAAGGUUUAUAGAAGAUGAAGAGAGGUUGAAUAUAGUGGAUUUGAGUGGGAUGUCUUUGGAUUCUCUUCCCAAACCUUCCCUAAAUUUGACUACCAUUUGUAAAUUAAACCUCUCCAAUAAUAAUCUUCAGAGCAUACCAGAAUCGUUGACGGCAAGGUUACUGAAUGUGGUGGCGUUGGAUGUGCACUCAAAUCAGCUCAAGUUUCUCCCAAACUCCAUCGGCUGUCUCUCUAAGCUCAAGACACUCAACGUCUCCGGCAACCUUCUCCAGUCUCUCCCUAAAACCAUUGAAAAUUGCAGGUCAUUAGAAGAACUGAAUGCCAACUUCAACAAGCUCACAAAGCUGCCAGAAACUAUUGGAUUCGAGCUCAUAAACCUGAAGAAGCUCGCAGUGAACUCAAACAAGUUGAUAUUCCUCCCUCGAUCCAUCACUCACCUCACUUCCCUACGAGUCCUCGACGCCCGCCUCAAUUGCCUCCGAGCCCUCCCUGAGGACUUGGAGAACUUAAUCAACUUACAAAUCCUCAACGUUAGCCAAAACUUCCAGUACCUCCAAAACCUACCCUACGCCAUCGGCCUCCUCAUUUCACUCUUGGAACUGGACGUCAGCUACAACAAGAUAACCACCUUACCCGAUUCAAUGGGCUGCAUGAAGAAGCUCCAGAAGCUUAGCGUGGAAGGGAACCCUUUGGUUUCACCACCGGCGGAGGUGUUCGAGCAAGGGUUACAUGCGGUGAAGGGGUAUUUGAGUGAGAAAAUGAAUGGGGGGCAUAAAAGCCCCCCGAAGAAGAAAUCGUGGGUGGGGAAGUUGGUAAAAUAUGGGACCUUCAGUGGGUACACUUUGAGAGGGACAUCAAACGGGGAGAGAGAAGGGUUCUUCAUUUCGGAAUAUAGAUCCAUUGAUGGUCUUGCUUCACCUCGGCACAUAGGGAUGUUCUCUCCCCGCCGACUCUUCUCUCCUGGUAGGUACUUUACCCGAUGAAAGCUAACUCCGCAUUGCAUGGAUGCUGAAAUCGACUUUGUGUGGUGGACUCUGGAUUUUAGAUUGCAGAAAGUUAUGGUGCGUCUGUUGUCAUUUGCCAUUGAUGUUAUUAUAAUUAGUGUUGUAGUGAAUUUUGUUUAUUGUAAAACAUGAUACUAUAACAAUCGUAAAUGUUUUUAAUGUAAUUUGUGAUUAUGAGAAAAAAAAGGGUGCAUUUUCAGUUGUUUGGCCUUAUGUUAAAAUA